UUUACGAAUUGUAUUUCAUAUACAUGCACUUCACAGUCGGUAUACAAUCGUUAGCUUGAAGAGUUGUUUGUUGUGAAGAUAUUGACCAAUAUGGCUGAAAAAGAAAAGGGAGUAGAAAGAGUAAAAAAUACCCAAGUAAAACAUGUUCCGAAAGAUGCUCAGGUAAUAAUGUCUAUGUUAAAAGAAGUCGGUAUACAGGACUACGAGCCGCGGGUCAUAAAUCAGUUGUUGGAAUUUACUUAUCGUUACGUUACUUGCAUUCUGGACGAUGCAAAAGCUUUUGCCAAUCAUGCACGUAAGAAGACAAUUGAUUUGGAUGAUGUUAACUUGGCAGUUGAAAUGGUUAAUGACAAAUCAUUCACAAGUCCUCCACCCAGACAUAUUUUAGCUAAAUUAGCUGAAGCUCGCAAUUCAAUGCCUUUGCCACCUGUUAAGCCACAUUGCGGUUUGCGCUUACCCCCCGACCGCUACUGUUUGUCUGGUUGUAACUAUAAAGUACGCGCUGCUUGUGUUCCUAAGAAAAUGACUAAAUCUGCAUUAGAAGGACGUUCAACUAUUAAAACACAAAUAAAAGCUUCAGGUUCCGGUGCCGGUGGUGGUUUAAAACGCCAACCUAUGGCACCACCAAAAACGCAAGUAGUUACAAUACCAAAGCCAGUAAUUAAGUUCACAACUACAUCUAAGACUGGUGUGCCAAUUGAGAAAAAGGAAGAACUUAAGGUUGAACCUGAAGUGAAGAUGGAAAUUGAUGAUGCCGCAACUAGCGCUUCGGCUGUGGUAACAAUUGGUGGCUUGGCCAGCGGUGGGCCUUUAAAGCGUGAGCGUGAAGAAGAUGAGUUUGAAAUGGUCCCAUAAUAAAACUUUUUCCAUUUAUAACAUAAUUCAUUUCACCAAG